AUGAGUGAAGAUCUAGAGGCGAUGAACGAGCCGAUCUCUAGCAAUUCAGAUGACGAGUCAUCUCAGAAUAUGGAAUCGUCGAGUAUGUACGUGGGACCCAUUCCCAAGCCACGAGCUCCCAAGUCUAGUCACUACCGAGGAGUCAGCAAGACAGUUCGAGGGAAGUGGCAAGCUCGUCUCUGUGUGAACUCUACACAAAGAAAUCUAGGAUGCUCAUUCAAAACGCCCGAAGAUGCUGCUCGUGUGUGGGAUGCCGCUGCAAUCUUGCAUUUCGGAACGGUACUAGAACUGAAACAAGAGCAGGAUCUCAAUGAAAAGGAUGGAAUGCCUCGUGACGCUACACUGGAAGCAGCUUCAUCACAUCCAGUGAACGUUUCUUACACAGCAGUUCCUGUCGUACAAGCGUACCCUUCCCAGGCAGUCUACAUCUACCCGAUGGGAUCAUAUUCUUGUGCUCAGUCUGUCGACUAUGAUCUUAGGCCGUCCGAGUCAAACGAAGGACCUUCACCAGAACCAAUCGAAAAACCUAACAAGAGUCAUAAAACCAAUUCACAGCCAACGUCCACCAAGAUUUCAAGGCUGCAGCCAGGAGAAAAUUUGGAAGCUGUCAACGAACAGGAGUUCUGCCCUGAAGAGACACACAUAUUGCCAACCUUAAGAGGGGCGUUGGUCGAUCCUGGUUUUGUUCCAAUUUGCGAAGACGACUACGAUGGAAGUGGGAUGUUGGGAUGGAACGAGUUCCAAAGAGCUUUUCGAGGUCAAGGUGUCCCCAUGUCAAACUUGCAGCAGAUGUAUCGCUCGUAUAAGAGAGGAGCCGAGGCUCCCAUCAAGGAACAUUAUCCCGACGUUGACCUGAGAAGAGCAGAAGAAGAAGCUGCUCAUAUGAGGUCGAUGAUGGCGAAUGGACUUUCACAGUUCCUCGACACUCUCGACGAGUAUGGGCUGAAAGAUGAGAUUUUGGCCAACGAAGAAUUGUUACGAGGAAACUUCAUUGCUACAAAUUGGAAUGACUUCCAGAAACUGUUUAGAGGAAGGGGAAGGCCGAUGAAUGAAUUGCAAGAAUUGUACAAAAAGUACAAGAGCUACGUCUUGAGAGAAGAUUCAUCGCCUGUCCAAAAACAGAUAGAAACACAGAACGAAAAGAGUUUCACAAACAAAAUUUCGAGAGAGAAUGAUCCGGCUGGAGUCGAGAGAGGAUCUGUUGUUGAAAUCAUUAACAAAGUACCAAACAAUCAGAUCCAAGAAUCCAGAUUGGAAACUUUAAGCGAAGCACCUGCAAACACCCAUUUGUCAGCCAUUGAGAAUGCAAGGGAAGAAGCAGAGAAUGGGCUGCAAGCAACUACAUUUCAAGACAACACCCUACAAGUUCAUCACGGAGACAAGCACAAAAAGAAGCACUUCAUUGAGAUCGGGGCAGAUCAUGGGUUAUGCUCCAUCUGCAACGGAGAGACAGAAUCCGACCUGUGGGUGGAAUGCGAUGAGUGUAAAGCCUGGCAACAUCAGUUGUGCUGCGGAUACUUGUCAGAGUUAGACAUUCUUGAGCAGCAUUUCUGCGACGAAUGUCUGGAAAAGAAGAACUCUGGGCAAGGAAAUCCUUCCCAAGGGGGUGCAGAUGCACAAACUCAAGAAGACUUGGACGAUGAGGGAGAUGUAUCAGAUGACGCCGGAAAGGGAGUGGAUCGAUGGCUGGUUUACAGCUCUCAAUCAGGGCUUUUCACUACUCAUUACACAAGUGUCAAGUACAAGUGCGAAGAAUUUGAAAAGAAACUCGACGGAUACGAAUGGCGUCAAGGAAGAAGAGUGAUUGAUGUCGACCUUGCAGUAGCAGGUGAAAAGUGUCAGGCGUUGCUGUUCCAGGCCCUCGUUCAAGAAACUAUGUUGAUCGGAAGGCUGCGUCUGCUGGUGCGAGAGAAUCUCGUCCUUGGAGGUUUGAUUCAGAUGCAAACGACAUUCUGCAUCUACAAGAUUAUGAGGAGGCGUCGAGACAGCCUUGAACCCUCGAGAGAAUUUGAGCCCUCGACUUUAAAAGUUCCUAUCUGGCCGUCGCAGGACUUCCGAUACGUCCGAGACUUGUUUCUCUCUCCGAGAGAUCGACUGCUCGUCACCAUAGGGCAUGUUGUGCCCAGCGAGCUAGUUGACCGAAAGAAGUUGAACGAGUUGUCGUUGCUGUCUGUGAAGCCUCUUGUGCAACUUGUCGCACAGGACGAGAUGAUGAGAGAGCUGAGGAUGAAGAUGAAGAUGCAUCUCCAAGGAUUGAAGCGGCCAAGUGCAAAACACGCGGUAGAAUUAGCAUCAUCGUGUGUGCAUGAAGGAGAGCAGAAACGAAAAGUUGACGAGGUAAGCGGGGGCUUGGAUGAAGGAGAGAAUUCUGCCAAGAAACUUCGACAUGUCUCAAGAGCAGAAGACGGGAGCUUUAUUGGAAAAGUCUCCAUCCCCAGCAAGCUUUCUGGGGAGGCAGACGAUAAGAUUGUUGAGCUGGGACGUUUUGAGAGCGAAGAAGAGGCGGCCGAGGCUUGCAAUACUUAUCUGUCAAAGUUCCCUCAGCAGCGAGUGAAAUCGCUUCUCUUCUCUCCCGUUGGCAGUUCGUGUCUCGACCAGCAGCGUCGCGAGGAGAAAGGCGAAGGAAGGCAAUCCGUAUCAGCUCCUUCCCAGCUCGGGGGCGAUAGGCCCAGCUGCAAGACGGGAGCACAAGGCAGAGUCUCAUCAAGUUGUGUCCUCAAGCUGCUCAAGCCCCUCGUUAAGGGAUGCCCGACGCUGCUGGUUCAGCUCGACAGCGGACGGCAGGAGGGAGGAAGCGCGUGCCAGACCUCCUUGUGGGAAGAAAAAAUGUUCGAGCUCGAGCUAGAGGACGAGGAGAGUGAGCAGGAAAGCAACGAGGAGGAAGAAAUUUACUGUAACACCAACACCAGCAGUACCGGGAACGAGCAAGGCACUGCUUCUCGGAGGCCGCUGGAAGAUGAUUCCUGCGGCGUCAAGGCGACGUCCAGUUCCGACACAAGCAAAGAGGACGAACGAAUCGCGCGGGAGCUCGCGCAGCAUGUCAGGCAACCACUCGCUGAGCUGCAGCCAUCGGCAAGCGAGGAGAAGGCGAGAGCCUCAGGCUAUUCCCAGCUGCUCCUGGAGUGCAACAGCUGCCAUUCGAUAUGUGGAGUCGCUAAGGAUCAGCUGGGCAAGACGCUGGAGUGUCCAAUCUGCAGGCAACGCUUCCGUGCUUGCUCGCCUCGCGCGUGA